AUGUCUCAAAGAGACACCCCUAUGGGUCUGCAAAGCAAUAAAUCUAUACGGAUUUCUGAUUCAUCUAAUAGUGGAGCUAGUAUCAAGGUACAUAUUAUCAAUAAGAGUGAUAUAUCCAAUACCCUAACAAAGAAAGCAGAAAAAAAUGACCUGUAUACUUUAAUUGAGCGCAAUCAUAAAGAAUCAAAAGUAAUCAAAUAUGGAUCAGAAAGAAUUUUAGCCACGAA